CACAUGAAAGGUAUCACUGCAAAGCUGACCAUAAAACCAGGCAGCACUCCCCGAUUCAUUAAGGCAAGGCCAGUCCCGUACGCACUGCGUCCAAAAGUUGAAAAAGAGCUGGACAAUCUGGUGAAUAGCGGGGUGCUCGAGCCUGUGGCUAUCAGUGACUGGGCUACCCCAAUCGUGCCCGUCCUUAAGAAAAAUGGUAGCCUACGAAUAUGCGGCGAUUUCAAAGUGACUGUUAACCCAGCCUUGCAAAAUGAACACUACCCGCUGCCCCUCAUCGAAGACCUGUUCGCGGGUCUAGCAAAUGGCAAACAGUUCAGUAAAAUUGACCUGAACCAGGCUUACCUACAGAUGCCUGUAGACCCCGAGUCCAGAGAGCUACUGACAGUCAGCACGCUCAAGGGCCUUUUUCGGUACCGCCGUUUAGCCUUUGGGAUCACAUCGGCCCCUGCACUUUUCCAAAAGGCGAUGGAUCAGAUUCUGGCGGGGCUUCCGGGGGUGCAGUGCUACUUGGACGAUAUCCUCAUAACGGGAAGGGACAACGCCGACCACCUCCACAACCUGGACAUGACGCUACAGAGGCUGAGGGAAUAUGGACUGAAAGUUCGAAAGGAAGAAUGUGAGUUUUUCCAGUCCUCCAUUGAAUAUCUAGGUCAUGUGAUUGACGGCAAGGGUCUACACAAGGCCCCCUCCAAGACCAAAGCCAUUUUGGAAGCCCCAGCACCACAAAAUGUCAACCAGCUACGCUCUUACCUGGGGCUCCUGAACUAUUAUGGCCGGUUCAUUCCCAAUCUCUCCACCUUAUUGAAGCCCCUCCACGAGCUGCUGAGGCAAGGUAAGAAAUGGGAGUGGUCAGAGACUUGCCAAUUAGCUUUCGCCAGCUCAAAGAAAGCCCUGCUAAACUCAGAGGUGCUGACCCACUUCGACCCAGCACUGCCACUACAGUUAGCAUGUGACGCGUCCCCCUAUGGGGUUGGCGCAGUUGUCUCACACAUCAUGCCGGAUGGCACAGACAAACCCAUUGCUUUCGCCUCUAAGACCCUCAACAAGGCUGAAUGUAACUAUGCGCAGAUCGAGCGGGAGGCUCUCGGCAUCGUGUUCGGGAUUAGAAAAUUCCAUCAGUACCUUUUCGGAAGGAGAUUUACGCUGCUGACCGACCACAAACCGCUAACAGCCUUGCUGGGACCACAUGCGGGCAUUCCACCGUUGGCCGCAAGCAGAAUGCAGAGAUGGGCCCUGCUGCUCUCAGGCCACGACUACGACAUAAAGUACCGGCGAUCGGAACUACACGGUAAUGCGGAUGGCCUCUCCCGCCUACCGCUCCCUGUGGCGAGGCCAAUGACACGACAAAAUGACAUAUUCUACUUCCAGCAGGUGAGCGACACCCCUGUCACCGCAAAACAAGUGAGACAUGCCACACGGAACGACCCGGUGUUAUCGGCAGUAAUGGAGGCCAUCACGAAAGGCAGGAGAAUCUCAAACACAGCUGACAGCAAACCAUACUUGACCAGGCAACAAGAACUUUCUGUACAGUCUGGUUGUCUGCUGUGGGGCAGAAGGGUCGUCAUACCCCCCUCUCUGCAGAGCCCCCUGCUGAAACAACUCCACGUCGGACACUGUGGCAUAGUGCGCAUGAAGGAGCUGGCUCGCAGCUAUUUCUGGUGGCCGGGGCUAGACAAGCAGAUUGAGGACAAUGCGGGCCGUUGCACCACCUGCCAGCCCGGGCGAAACGCACCACAACCAGCGCCAGUCCACCCAUGGGAAUGGCCGGCGGAGCCGUGGCAGCGUAUACACAUUGACUUUGCUGGGCCAUUCGAGGACAGAAUGUUUUUGGUGGUGGUGGACGCGCACAGCAAAUGGCCAGAUGUGGCCAUCAUGAGGUCUACAACCACCGGGAAAACCAUAGAGCGACUGGAGGAAAUGUUCAGUCGGUACGGAAUACCAGAACAGCUGGUGAGUGACAACGGGCCCCAGCUUGUCUCCGAAGAGAUGGAGGCUUUCCUCAAAAUGAAUGGAAUUCAACAUAUUAAGUCAGCACCCUACCACCCGUCCACAAAUGGACUGGCUGAGAGAUUUGUGCAAACCUUAAAGCACAGCCUCAAGGCAUCCGUGUCCCAAGGCUCCCUUCAUCAGCGACUGCACAGUUUCCUACUGACUUACAGGAACACACCACACAGCACCACUAAAGCGUCUCCUGCUGAGCUCCUCCUAAAAAGAGCGCUGCGCACCCAACUGGACUGCAUACGCCCUCCGUCCAGGGGCCAAAUUGUUCAGAGCAGUCAACAAGAGCAGAGCCGACGUAGGUCAGGCACACCACGGUCUUUUCACAUAGGAGACCCUGUCCUAGCUCGCAAUUACCUAAGGGGGCCCAGGUGGGUGCCAGCAGUGAUAGUGGCCAUUACUGGUCCGCUGUCAUACCAAGUACGCACAAACAAUGAUGCUGUGUGGCGUCGUCACACUGACCAACUGUUGGCCCGCAAGGGCCCCGCUUCGGAGCCAAUGGGCUCUCCUGCACCCGACAUCAUCGGCCAGACAGACCCUGCGGAGGGCCUGGCUGCCUCGGACACCCUGCCGGCUACACUUCAGGAGGACAACGCUACGGAUCAGGUCCCCGAGCCCCCACAGACAGCGGAAGCAGCGCCGCCGCCGCCGUCGCCGUCUCUGGUGAACCACCAUUCUCACCGGUACCCCACGCGCGAGCGACGGCCUCCUGACCGUCUGGACUUGUAG